ACCACAAGUUGGUAAACAUACACAGCUUACAAUGGCAUUCAAAUUUGUUGCUUUUGCUGCGCUUUUGGCCGUAGCCAACGCAGGCGCACCUAUUGCUUACGCUGGUGCCCCAGUUGCUCAUUACAGUGCCGCCCCCGCUGUAAGCUACGCAUCUUACGCUCCAGCCGUAGCUAAAGUUGCUGCGCCUGUGAGUUAUGCAGCCCCAGUUGCACACUAUGCUCACGCUCCAGUUGCUCAAUACGCUGCGGCCCCAGUUGCUCACUACGCUCAUGCUGCUCCAGUCGCUCACUACGCUGCUGCUCCAGUUGCCUACGCUGCGCCAGUAGCUAAAUACGCCGCUGCUCCAGUUGCCUACGCCCCUGUUGCCAAAACCAUUGUCGCUGAGGCCCCAGCAGCUUAUGACUUCGGUUAUUCCGUGAAUGAUCCACACACUGGUGACAGCAAGACCCAAACUGAAUCUCGUCGUGGUGACGCCGUCCACGGUUCCUAUUCCCUCAUUGAUGCUGAUGGCACCAAGCGUACUGUUGAAUACACUGCUGAUGCUCACAAUGGUUUCAACGCUGUUGUUCACCGUGAGCCACUGGCUGUGAAAGCCGUUGCCGCACCGGUUGCCUAUGCUGCGCCAGUAGCUAAAUACGCCGCUGCCCCAGUUGCUUACGCUGCGCCAGUAGCUAAAUACGCUGCACCAGUUGCCUAUGCUGCUCCAGUAGCUAAAGUUGCCUACGCUGCUCCAGCUGUCCAAUACGCUCACGCCGCGCCAGCUGUGCAGUACGCCCACGCACCAGUCCACCAUGGAUAUUCCGCAGCUCCAUCUGUAAGCUACGCCUCUUACGCCCCAGCUGUGGCUAAAGUAGCUGCCGCCCCAGUUGCCUACUCCGCCCCUGCCUAUUACCACCAUUAAGUGUAAGCACUAAACAACAAACAAAUAGUAUUUAUUGUUUUAUGUUUUUUUAAUGCCAUUGUGUAUAAACUAUCCUAAAUAUAAAAUGAUUAAUUUAGAUAA